UGUGUGACGCAGUUACCAAAUUUCUAGCCUUCAGGUGUAGAGGCUGAUGCGUCAGGACCUGCCACCCUGUACGGAGGGCCGCUCUGGAGGCAUAGCAACGCGCGUGCGAGAAGCUACCUCCGCCAGAAGCACCGGGAGGGUGCUUUAGGGGGUUUCCUUUAGGGUCUGGCUCCUCGAGCCGGUGUAAAGGGAAAGGCAGGCUCGCGGAAUUCUGGGACUUGUAGUCCCAGCCGCCCUGGGCCGCGGUUGGAUUGGGUGCACGUGGGUAACUGUGGAAACGAGUCCCAGAAUGCAGCGCGCCCCUUGGAACCUCCCUGCUUGACUAACUCGUGCUUUAUUGCCGCGGAGACCCAGUGCGUUCUCUCCUGGGAGAUGCCUGGGUUCCUUGGGACAGUGUCCACCGCAGAGGGAGAGCCCAGACCAAGCCCUGGCCUUUCUCCGAGUUAAUUAAUCCCUACAUCUGGUAUAGCCUUGCGGAGCGAAAGCUUAGUCUUGAACCAUCCUGCACACAUUCGUUUUAAAGCAACCUUUAUCAUGGGAAAUUUAGAGAGUAUUCAGUGUAUGGAAGUCUAGGGUAAAGUAUACAGCCUUACAUAAGUAUGGAAACUAAGAAAAGGCACAUAUAUCCCUUGUGAAGAAAAUACCGAUAACUGCACUGGUAUUUCUUGGGUUACUUGGUUUGCCCAAGAAUUAGGGGAUUUUUUUUUUUUUUUAAAGCAAAUGAAGAAUGGCAGCUUAGUGGAAUUUGGGGUUGAAGUAGUCUCAUACCAGAACCUGCAAUGAAAUCCUAAACGUGAGCAAAGGGGAACUGCAAUGCCUUAACUUUUAUACUUUCAGCUGAACUCUCAUCUCUCAACACUGGCAAACAUUCAUAAGAUCUACCAUACCCUUAACAAGCUAAAUCUGACAGAAGACGUUGGCCAAGACGAUCACCAAACAGGAAGCCUGCGGUCUUGCAGUUCUUCGGACUGCUUUAGCAAAGUGAUGCCACCCAGGAAAAAGAGAAGGCCUGCCUCUGGAGACGACUUAUCAGCCAAAAAAAGCAGGCAUGACAGCAUGUAUAGGAAAUACGAGUCAACUAGAAUAAAGACUGAAGAAGAGGCUUUCUCCAGUAAGCGGUGCUUGGAGUGGUUUUAUGAAUAUGCAGGAACUGAGGAUGCGGUGGGUCCUGAAGGCAUGGAGAAGUUCUGUGAAGACAUUGGUGUUGAACCGGAAAACGUAGUUAUGCUUGUCCUAGCUUGGAAAUUGGAUGCACAAAACAUGGGCUAUUUUACUCUACAGGAAUGGCUGAAAGGAAUGACUUCCCUACAAUGUGAUACAACAGAAAAACUCAGAACUACUUUGGAUUACUUAAGAUCAUUAUUAAACGAUACAACAAACUUUAAGCUCAUUUACAGAUACGCGUUUGACUUUGCACGGGAGAAGGACCAGCGCAGCCUAGACAUAAACACUGCCAAGUGCAUGUUGGGACUGUUAUUAGGAAAAAUCUGGCCCCUUUUUCCAGUUUUUCACCAAUUCUUAGAGCAAUCAAAAUAUAAAGUGAUAAACAAAGACCAGUGGUGCAAUGUUCUGGAGUUCAGCAGAACAAUUAGUCUCGACCUCAGCAACUAUGAUGAAGACGGAGCAUGGCCAGUUUUGUUGGACGAAUUUGUGGAAUGGUAUAAAGACAAGCAGAUGUCCUAGGACCUUAUGCAUAGCAGCGAGAGAGUCACUGUUACCACGGUUAUGUCACCCAUUAGCCAUAAACUGCUGUUUGUAUUGAAGCGCAUGCUGCUUUUCUUGCACUGUCUGCCUCUCGCAGGGUGUAUUGGUGUUUGCUGUUGAAUGGGCCGCUCUGCUUGAUGUGUAGCAUUGUUCUCUUGGAGGCUGCUCUACAGUUUGUUUUCACACUACAGAUUGAUGAAUUUGCCAACGUCCUCACUGUGAUUAUGUGUAUAUUGCUGUUUAAAUUUUAUAUAUGUGUAUAAAAUGAAAAGCUUCACCUAGAGAUUAUUUCUGCAAAAAUGUAUUGUAAAAAUAAUUUUGUGGCAUAUCUUUGGUCUCCCCCCUUUUUUUUUUCCUCAAAUGAACCAGUUAUACUUUAUUUGGUCUCAAAUGUAGCAUUUCAGAAAGCAUUAUAACUGUCCCCAUAAGCAAAUAUUGCCAGAAUUAACCUCACUGCUUAAGAGGCCAAUUUCUGGAAGAAGUAGGAGCCAUGACUUACUGUGGCAUAAGCCAAAUAUGACUUGGUUUCCUUGACAACUUUGGUAUUUUAAAGUGACAAAAGUUAUUUGAGUGCACAGACAUAUGACAUGCUACAAAGCAUCUCUAACACAAAAAGUACAGGUUUAUGGGCUUUUCAUUCCUCCUCCUUCUCCUCCUCCUCCUCUUCCUCCUCUUCCUCCUCCUUAAAUUGCUCCUUAUUUUAAAUCAAAGCUUACGUUUCCAUAAACCUUUUGCUGUUUCUCACUUUUGUGUUCCUCUAGCAGGGUUUGGUCUGCUGAAGUUCUCUGUGCCACUGUAAGUAAAAUGUCCUUUGCCACCCUCAUGAGCCUCCUGGUUUGCUGGCGGCAUAACUACAAAGCACUUUGAACUAUGGCUUGAGAUUUUAGUUACUCUUUUAUGGUGUCUGGACCCCCUGCCCCGCCCACCUGGGGAUUUGGAGGUGUUUGUUUGUUUUUGUUUUUUGUUUUAAACCACAAGUGAGAGGUGUUUUGUUUUCUGUCUUAAUUUCUUCCGUGCUGGGCUUUUCCUGGCAAAAGGUCCAUUGCAGGCAGUGGACUGAAACCACCAGCAUUGAGUUAACCCUGUUCACACUGGGACCUUUCUUGGAGGGGCCGCUUGUCAUUCCGCUUGUCAUAGGUACAGAAGGGUGGUGGCCAUUAUGUGGAUGAGAAGCCAGAGCCAAUACAGUGGGAGUUGUGAGCUUGUACCUUGUGUCUUAUGUUUAAGAUCUGCCUUUGCUUCUUUGCCCCUCGUGCAGAAGUACACAGUUAACAGGUUUUCCCAACUAUUUGGUGCUAUGACUCACUCAGUCCCUGAAGUUUGUGAAAACACAGCUAAGAUUUAACCCAGUAAAGAGCUAAUGGCUUGUUUGCCGGGUAAAUGGUGUCGUGGGAUACGAUCCGAGCCUGCCCAGGCAGGUGAUGACUAGAAGAUGUUGGGAUUAUUGGCCAAAAAAGAAAAAAAAAAGUCUUAUACAUUACAUGUGACCCUUUAAAUGGCAUUAAAUGAGCAGAGCACAGUGACAGUGAUAUCCCGACCACGUGUCACAGCUCCUUCUCAAAGUGUUGCUAUUUUCAUAUUAUUUUUUUUCCCUGAUUGAACCACCAAAGACAGAAAUGUUGUAUGUAUAUAUCGUGUGCGUGCAUAGACAAAAUCAUGAUGUGGUAGAAUGCAAAUAUUUGCCUUUUUCUACCAAAUAAUGAGGUUUGGUUUGCUGUGAAGUAAGAAGUUGAACAAAAACAAUAACCCAAUAUUGCUUUAGCAUAAUCAGCCUUUGUCUGUAGUCUUACUUGCGAAUUAGUAUCUGAGCCCAAUGUAAGCUUCUUGGAGAGCCAUAGCUGUUGAGACUGCUCUGUGAAAGGCGUGCAUACAGGUGUGUGACAAUGGGACUGCUAAGGACAGGUGCAGCUCUGUGGAGAAGGAUUCCUUUUCAGGUAUUCCCAAAGUUAAAGAAUCAUUCUCUCAGGGUGACUAUUCUUGAGGUAGAUCAACUGUCCGUUGUCACCACGCAAAGAAGGAUCAUAAAUGGAAUUGUUCUAAAUGCUGUAUGGGAAUCUAGAGAAUUUUUGAAACACUAAGCACAGUGAACCUGUGAGUAAAGGGUUGUUACCAGGGUGAGAAAUUCUACUUCAUCUACAGUGAACAUUUUGACAAUAGAGACUCCAGUAAAAACCACCGUGAUGAAUGGGGUGGAAGUCAGCAUUUUGGAAGGGAUGACCAAUAUUUACAACUCCAGAUAAUCUCUGAACUGCCUCGAGAAACAAACCACUGUGACUGUGGCUUGCCUUUGGAUUUCUCGAUUUUACAGAGCUAUCUUUAAGGGAAGUCAGACCCCUUUCCUUGAAGAAUCUCCAAGUUACACAAGUUGAACAAUCAUCAAGAGCAUUUAUGGCCAGCGUUGGAGGAAGCCAGGGCGCCUUUGGUUCUCCAGUACCUGAGCUCCAGCCACCCUUCCCUCCCUUCACUUGUGUUUCGCAAUACCCUCUUGUUGGGGAAUGCAACUUGCAGACGUUUACACUGCAUUAGGUAGAAGUUCUCUUAACAAGAUUUGCCGGAUAACCAUGGUACCCUUAGGUGCACCUCUUUUGAAGCAUGAACUCUUGAGUUCAGUAUUUAUAACUGAUUAGACAAACCUCUAGAUUCUGGUUUAACAGAUUUCUGUUGCCUCUGUCUCCAUCCUAACCGUACUUUUGAAGUUUAUACAGAAAGCUUUAAGAGUUUUGUUUGUGUCCUUGGUUUUUAUUUUUACAACUGCUAAAAUACCUCUGUAAGCCUUAUCCUUUAUCCUUUCAUAGUUGUAUAAAAUUGUAUAGAAUUCAUUGACCAACGGAAAUGUUGGGUAUCUGUAAAUGAGACCAAAAUGUGGGUUGCUUUUUUUCAUAAAAUAAUUUCUAUUGGGCGUUGCUGUGAGAUGAACGGCAGCCAGCCUAUAACUGUGAAUGCCUUGUGUCGUCAGUAUUUGCAUUACAUUCAUAAAAGUGUGCAAGUCCUGUGACUCCCAGCUUAACUAAAAUACUGUUAUGCCACUUAACGAGCACAGCAAACUGGUUUAGGUUUUAAUGGAAUUGAUGUAAAAUGAUAGCCCAUAAAUAAACAGAUAUUUGUGUUUGGUUUCAGAA